UGACAUAACGUCUCAAGAAACACCAUCGGAAGGUCUCAUCACCAAGGAGUGAGGACUAAGCGGUCUCUGCUCCAUCAAAAGUGCCAGACUUACUAGGCCAUUCUAGAAGCUUCUCACCAUUUGUAAAGGCAUCGCGACUGGUGAUAAAUUGGUCCGAAAUCCUCCAGAAACCCGUAAACAUGGAUAAGUUACUUGCAUGGUCCCUUGCACAGCAAUCGGGAGACAAAGAAGCGAUGGCCAAGAUUGGCCAGCCCGAUAUGAAGGCGUUGAACCUGCUUUUUGGCGGGGUCGAUGAGCCCACUUUAAUGACACAAGCCAUGCUAGUGGCCCAGAACCCGGAGGCUCUGGUUGAAGACAGGGAAGUGGCCCUAGAAAACUUUGAGAUGUUGAUCGAAAACCUUGAUAAUGCUAAUAACAUUGAGAACUUGAAGUUAUGGCCUGCCGUCAUCUCGUUGCUCGACGAAUCUGUUGACUCGAGCUUGAGAGUGUUGGCAGCGUCGAUUGUGGGAAUAGCAGUGCAGAACAACACCAAGUCUCAAGAGGACUUCUUGAAGUACGACACCGGGUUCAAGAGCUUGGUCCAGUACUCGGUGGACCCCAGCACCAGCGUCGAGUUGAAGUUAAAGUUGUUGUUUGCCAUCUCAUCGCUCGUGAGAAACAACCAAGAUUCGUUCAAAUUCUUUAACAAACUUAAGGGUUGGACCAUCUUGACAUUGUUGGACAAACACGAUAACCAUAAGGUCGAUAUCAGAGUAUUAUCUGUUCUUUCGUCAGUUUUGACAAGCGAAUCCCUCUUCAAAUCUGAGAUUGAGGCCAAACUUCAUGAGUACAAAUUGGUCGACAAGUUGAUCAAUUCUUUACUCAACGACAACAUAACGUGUAUGGAGAAAUCCCUUAGCAUUUUGGGCCAGUUGAUCAGUUUGAACUUCAAAUUUGAGGCGGGUGAGUUGAAGUUGUUGUCAAAAAACAUCGACAAAAUCAGCCACUUGAAAGAAGAGUAUUCCGAAGACUUUGCCAAGAUCCGCAAGAUCACCAAGAGUGCCUAAAUAGCAUCUCACAGAUCAUAGAUGACUUGUUCGGGGUCGUCCGACGUGAAGAGAGUCCGCAUACCCUUUUCUGUUGUUUCCGGCACCAAUCUUCUGUCAUCAUCAUCAUUCCCUAACGAAUUGCUCAUGACGAAUUUCUGGUAUAUCUUAUAUAGAUUGUCAUAGUACACAAACAAUCUUUCACACUUCAUGGUCGG